CUUGGCCCCAUUUAAUAUCUUCACGCUGAAUAACAAUAAAACCACAGGGAGUACCCCUUAUCCUCCCUCCCCCCUCUCAAAAACUCUAAUGCACGCAAAGCAUCCAUGCCAUCUCAGAUCAAGACCUUUCUUCUUCUCCUCUUCACCAUCAUACUCUUCAUGCCCUCUUCUUCUUCUUCUUCUUCUUCAAACAACCUCCAUGCCUUAGAGGACGGUAGGAAGUCUACACUUCCAUCAGUUCAAGAGGGUGGUUCUGUGCAAGUGGUGAAGACAAGGAAGCUUAUGACAGUUGUUACUGCGGUGCAAGAUUAUGAUUAUGCAGAACCCAACCCUAAGCACGAUCCAAGAAAAGGGAAGCCUGGAAGUGGUGGCCCCAACACUCCUUGACCACUUAUCAUCUUCCUCUCAUCAAUCAUCACUAUUUUGAGCUGUUUCUUCCACUCUUGUUAUUAAUUAAUAAAUAAUCUCUCUCUCCCUCUCCCUGUUGCAAUAUGAGGAGAUUGAUGACAGGAAUAUAAUGUGUAAUGGAAUAAAUUUGGCGUUCUUGUGCGCGCAGCAUAUCCA